GAUACACUAUCAAACGCAAUUUCGAUUGUUAAUACAUAGUUGUAUUCUUACAUUGGAAUACAAACAGUAAACCACCUAGUUUGUUGGCGCCCUAAUAAUGAUACAUUUGGAUGUCUUUCUUAUCAUGCAUUUUUGUAUUAGUAGUACUGUGUCACAGUGGUAUGGGGUAAUGCCUGAUUCCCAUUUUACACCUAUCCGCUGUAAAGAGCAGUAUGUCUCUAGUUUGCUUCAUUGUGCAGCACUUGGUGGUGAAUCAAAAGAUGUGAGGUUUUUCUUCAACAUUGAAAAUAAAUAUUGUCGAUGGAAUUGUAUCUUCUUAUACACAUUGAUAACACGGGACAAAGACUGGAUUCAUUACGGUAUCGAUGAAAAGAAAAAUGCUGCUCUUCUGCGGCCAUCCAUUGCAUCUUCCGUAUACGGUAAUAACCCUUCACUUUGGGGCACCGGUUAUGCUACUGAUGGUUUACAUUCAUUUAUAAAAGAUACAGACAUAUUUGCAAGUGAAUGGGAAAUCGCGCCAUGGAUUAUGAUAACACUGGACGAACCACUACAGAUAUCAUUUGUCCGCGUUUACAAUAGAGAAGAUAGCUUAGGAGAGAGAUUUCAUGAUGUCGCGUUUGAGAUGUCCAUGGACGGAGUUUCUUUCGAACAGCGAGGAUUUUUCAAAGGACCAGGAGUUACCGGACAGGUGAUAGAGAUUCUUUUUGACAAUCCAACAAUAGGGAAAUUCAUGAGACUUCGCAUAACACAAGGUUCCGAAAAUCUUCUUAAUUUUGCUGAGAUUGAAGUCUACACAAAAUAAUGAUACUUUUUCUUUUCCUUUUGCAUGUUGUUGUUUUCUUGAGUUACCAUUUCAGUUAAUUGUUGAUGAAUUAAUGCAAAUGUAGUUUAUAUUCUGCUAAGUUCUAAUUACAUUAUCAAAUAAAGAAUAUUUGAGCAGUUUGACUUUCUUGAAUGAAGCGAAACUUUAUUUAUUUCAAUUACAAUUAACAUUCAGGCGUUAGUCCUACUGGAUGGUGUUGUCUAAUGGCCGGUUUUCAACCAUUAAUGAUACAAUUCCAUGUAUGAAGAGGUGCAUGAAAAAUGCAAAAUGUGAAAUAGUAAUAUAUUGUUUACAUAAUUGUAUCAUUAACAGUUGAAGUUCAUCCUCAAAUACAAACAUAGGUAAUCACAGAUUACAAAGCUAACCGAGACAAGGCAUCACCUUUAUGAGGCAUCACCUUUAUAAAGCCACCAUUAUCAUAUUAUUUGAAACUCAUAGUUAAUGAUCUUGGAUAUUCACGGAAAGCAUGACACAAUAUCGUGUAUCAUAAUAUGUUUAAACACUGUAUAAUAAUAUUUUAUGCAUGUCAUACUGUAUUAAAAGAUACAAUGUUUGUCAAUAUAAUAA